AUGUGCGGCUACUUGGCCGAGCACUUUGGCGAGCCUGAGACCUACAUUUCGGCGUUAGCUCUCAAGUAUGAUCACCAAAAGCAAUUUAAACCAGCGUGCGUUGUGAUUGACGAUAAUAUAUGUGCCGAGAUUGUGAAUUUUUUUGGUAGAAUUCUCCAAUACCCAAAAGACAUGGGUAUAGUACAUUCCGCUUGCGCUGGAAUCCACUAUAUAUCCAUUACAGAGUUGGGAUAUUCUCAAACACUUGCGGGUUUAGACCUUUCAAAAUGGCAAAAAAGAGUGACUCCCUUCACUGAGUAUAUGAUCAAUACUAUGAUCGAUCUUAUGGGUCACAAAUGGAUGAUUGAAAAUGUGUACAAAUCAUGUUUAUUAACAACUUACUAUUUGUUAAAACUUGCUAUUCGUGCCAACGAUAAAGCAUCGGUGAUCAAAAUUUUGAAGUUUUCAAACAAUUACAAGGGCAAAUUAAAUGAAUUCCACGUAGAAUUGUUCAAAGAAUUACUUUUAUGGGUCACCAGUGUCAGUGUUGGUUUUAGUAGUGAUUAUGAAGAUAUGGUUUUACGUUGUAUCAGUAUGUUGUAUUCACACAAUUCGGAGCACUGCAAGCAAAUUGCUUAUGUUUUCACAGUAUCUUGGAUCAAUAAGUUAUCAUGCAAAGGGCACUCAUGUUUCAAUAUAUUAGACCCAGACGAUUGCAUUGCAUUAAAUGCUGUGGAUGAAUUGUGUGUUACAAGUGAUUUGGUGCACAAAAUAAUUAACAGGUUUAAUAUAUUCAACUUAUUCCUAACACAUGGUCCAAAGAAUUACUUUGACACUACCAAAAUGCCGCAAGCGCCAAUUUAUCACAAUAUACCAGUUGACAAUAUUCUAACACUAGCCAUUAAUGCCAUCAAAAUUGCAAGAUUGAACAUUAAAAGGCAAAUAGAACCUGCAAUGUCUAAUGAUGAACGGAUCACGGACGAUAAUGUGUUUGUUAUCAAGGCGAAGAUGAAUUUGAUGCCAAUAAUGUCUUUAUCUAAUGAUUUGUGUGUAAAACUUUAUACAUCAUCUAUAGAAUUGAUUACAACAUUUGUGAAAUCGCAUGGGUACCAUCAUCUAAAUGUCCCAGGAAUUAUUUAUAAAAGUUUCAUACAAGAAGUUUUUUGUUGUACUAGCAUUUUAGACUGUCAGGAAGCAUUGCUAUUUUUUGGUGAAUCACUAUCGCACUUUUUGUCAUUUCUGUUAAACACUCAACUGCUGUGGAUACCAAUUGAAACGAUUGAAAAAAUAUUUGAAAUGUUUGUGGCCAACCAAUUGGAGUUUUUGGUUAAAACAGUUUGCAAAGAUAUAGAUAUAAUAUUUACUAUUGGAAAGUAUUCUCUGGAAAUCGCACAUAUAGUAGCAAAAUUUGCGUCCAAAAAUGCAAUAUUCAAUAUAAUGACAAACAUGCGAUCUGCAAUUAUACGUGCCCAGGAAGCUAUAAUCAGAAUUUAUUUAACUGCAAUUAAAGUAGAUGGCGAUGGGUGGCAAAGGGAAUUUAUACACGCCAACAUGUAUACUAUUUUGUCAUUUUUAUCAUUCUCAAUGAGCGGUUACCUCGAAAUUCCAAAAUAUGUUGGUAAUAAUAUCGUUGGGUUGUUCAAGUUGCACCAACCUCCCAUACAUAGCAGUGAUUUCGAAAAUUUCAUACGAGCGCAAGAAGCCCAAUCCAAUAUAACAACUGAGGAGUGUAAAUCGAUUAUUAAAAAUUAUCAAGAAGUUUGGUCUAAAGUGAUUGAAUUGUACCUCUCAACUCAAAUUAGUCCAAUAAAUGAAAUUGAAUUUGAAGGUGAUAAAAGUGUAUUUGAAUCUCCAAUUAAGAAGGAAAAACUCCAACAUUUUCAGCUUGAAGAGAAUAAUAAGGGAUCGUCCAAGCGGGAUCAAAAUGAUAUAGGUGAUGUACAUUGUGUGAAAGAAGAUGUUAUGCAAAAAAAUAUGGACUGUAUAAAACAACAAAUUGUGGAUACGUGUACACAAUCAGAUCAAAAAUUGUUGGUUGAUAGAAUGAAACGCCGACUAGGAGAAAUUAAGAAGAUUAUACUCAAAUGA